AUGGAGGAUACACCAGCGGAUCAGGCUUUGCCUGCUGCUGGGGGGACCGCCCCUGCAGCAACUGACGCAGCAGCAGCAGCAGCAGCAGCAGCUGCUGCUGCUGCUGCUGCACCUUCAACUCCCGCGGCCGCAGCACGGGAUGCUCCUUUUUCUAUGGGUCUGCCGCUGAGCUAUGAGUCGCGUCCCGUGCAAUCUCAGCAGCAGCAGCAGCAGCAGCAGCAGCAGCAGCAGCAGCAGGCGCUGCCGCUGCAGCCGCAAAUGCUACAACAGAGGGCGGAAGCGCCUCCAACUAUUGAUGCUUCUGCUGCUGCCGCUGCUGCUGCUGCUGCUCCAUUCGCACUGACCCCUCCAGGGACCCAGCAGCAGCAGCAGCAGCAGCAGCAGCAGCAGACCCGCGCCAUUCGCGAAGUCCUCUCUGAUCCGCAGCACUAUUUGAUGCAGUCGCAGCAAUGGGCAGAACAACCACUGCAGCAGCAACAGCAGCUGCAGCAGCAGCAACAGCAGCUGCAGCAGCAGCAGCUGCAGCAGCAGCAGCUGCAGCGGCAAGAGCUGCAGCAGCAAGAGCUGCAGCAGCAACAGCUGCAGCAGCAAGAGCUGCAGCAGCAAGAGCUGCAGCAGCAAGAGCUGCAGCAGCAACAGCUGCAGCAGCAACAGCUGCAGCAGCAACAGCUGCAGCAGCAACAGCUGCAGCAGCAGCGGCUACAGCAGCAGCGGCUACAGCAGCAGCAGCUACAGCAGCAGCAGCUGCAGCAGCAGCAGCUACAGCAGCAGCAGCAGGCAGCACGACAAGCCUUGACAGGGCAGCAGCCGCUUGCUGCUGCUCCCAUUCGACAGAGUUCACUGCAGCAGGGAAUCCAGCAGCAGCUGCUUGGCAACCAAGAGCUGGAAUGCCAGUUGCUGCAGCAGCAGCAGCAGCAGCAGCAGCAACGACAACCGGAAUCGCAGCAGCAGCAGCAGCAGGAGCCGCUGCUGCUUGGCACAGCCCACUUUGGCAGCAGGACCCAACCCCAAAACAUUUUGCUGCCUCGCCUAAUUGAGAAUCAGCAGCAGCUGCAGCAGCUCCAGGAAGAGCUGCAGCAGCAGCAGCAGCAGCAGCAGCAGCAGCAACAGCAACAGCAAUGGCAGCAAACGGCGCCGCCGCCUCAUCGCUACACAGCACCUGGUCACGAGGUGCUGCAGCUGCCGCAGCAGCAGCAGCAGCUGCUGCAGCAGCAAGAGCCUCAGUGGCUGCAGCAGCAGCCCCCGCAUUUACUGCAGCAGCAAGUGCAGCAGCAGCAUCAACAGCAGCUGCUGCGGGGAUUUUCCCAGCAACUUCAGCUUGAACAGCAGCAGCAGCUGAGCCAGCAGCAGCAGGAAGCGCAGCAUCAAGCUCUGCAGCAGCAUCUGCAGCAUCAAGCCCUGCAGCAGCAUCUGCAGCAGCAGCAGCAGCAGCAGCAGCAGCAGCAGCAGCAGCCACAACACGGGGCCUGCGGGAUGUUGCCUCCCUCGGCGGCUCCAGCGCAGCAGACGUGGCAGCAGCAGCAACGGCCGCAGCUGCAGCAGCAGUUGCAGCAGCUGCAGCAGCUGCAGCAAAUGCAGCAGCAGCAGCAGCAGCAGCAGCAGCAACAGGAGAAGCGGAGAUUUAGUUUUGAUGGCGUCUUACCUCUGCAGCAAGAGAAAGUGCAGCAGACGCUGGAGGAGCAGCGGCUGGAGCAGCUGCUGCAGCAGCAGCAACAGCAGCAGCAGCAGCAGCUAAGGCAGUUGCAGCAACUGCAGCAACAGCAGCAGCAGCAGACAGCAUUUUCCGACAAGAACCAACCCGGAAGUCUCAACGAGUCUGGCCUAGGACCAGCAGCAGCAGCAGCAGCAGCAGCAGCAGCAGCAGCAGCAGAAGCAGCAGGAACAACGACAGCACCAGCAAAAGAAGCAGCAGCACCAGCAGCAGCACCAGCAGCAGCGGAAGAAGAGCUUGUGGCCAAGCUAAACACUCAUAACGCCAAAAGCAGCAGCAGCAGCAGCAGCAGCAGCAGCAGCAGCAGCAGCAGCAGGUCUGCUCCCACAGCACCUCGAAGUGUCUCUGCGGGCCCCUUGCCGUCUCCUCGCAGCAGCAACUUGCUGCUGCAGCUGCAGCGCCACCGCAGUGCUGCUGCUGCUCCCAGAGAAGGGUUUGCUGCAGCCUUCAACGCAGACGCAGCAGCGCAGCAGCAGCAGCAGCACCACCACCACCACCGGCUGCAGCAGCAGCUGCAGCAGUUGCAGCAGCAGCAGCAGCAGCUGCAGCAGCAGCAGGAGCUGCUGCAGCAGCAGCAGCAGCAAGAUGCGAAUGACUCAGUCUCCCCUACAGCGUUGCUGAAGAGCAGCAGCAUCGGCCUUUCCAGCAGCAGCAGCAGCAACAGCAACAGCAGCAGCAGAAGCAGAAGACUGCAACUGGGUGAGGCUCCGCAGGCGGAUGCUUCUGCUGCUGCUGCUGCUGCUGCUGCUGCUGCUGCUGCUGCUGCUGCUGCUCAGGCCCCCCGCAGUUCGCAGAGGGAGGCAGCACCUCUUCGGAGCUCCUCGCGGCUGCUUGGCAGAGCUGCUGCUGCUUCUUCUGCUGCUCCUGCUGCUCCUGCUGCUGCUCCUGCUGCUGCUCCUGCUGCUGCUCCUGCUGCUGUUCCUGCUGCUGCUCCUGCUGCUGCUCCUGCUGCUGCUCCUGCUGCACCUGCAGAUGGCGGCAGCGGCGGCAGGGGAGCAGAACAGAAUGCUGCAGCAGCAAUCGGAAGCAGCAGCAACAGGAGUGGUAGCAGCAGAAGCAGCAGCAGCAGCAGCAGCAGCAGCAGCAGCAGCCAGGGUUCUUCUACGGGGCUUGAGAAGGCCGCUACUCGGUCAGCACCAGCAGUUGGUGCUGCAGCAGCAGCAAAACCUGCUGCUGCUGCUGCUGCUGCUGCUGCUGCUGCUGACGCAGCAGCAGCUAAACCUGCUGCUUCUGAGGCUCCGCCAGUCUCCUCCAGCUUGCACGCCUCCCCUGCUGCUGCUGCUGCUGCUGCUGCUGCUGCUGGCCGUCAGCAGAAAGGCAGCAGCAGCAGGGGCCGGCAGCUGUCUCCGCGGGGCCCUCUGCUGCAGUGUCUGUCUCCUGUGUCUUCGCUGUGGGGCCCCACAGCUGCUGCAGCAGGGCUGCUGCAGCACUGCAGCAGGGGCCCCCGCAGCGCCUCAGUGCAAACAGCAGUCUCCGAAGCAGCAGCAGCAGCAGCAGUUGCUCGCAGGGCCUCUUCUGCUGCUGUUCUCCCUCCCCUGGGAGCUCCGCUGCCUCCGGAGCUGCUGGCCUUCCCGCUGCAGCAGCAGCAGCAGCAGCAGCAAAAGGCGCAGCAGGCAGCAAGCGGGCUCGCAGCAGCAGAACUGGAGCAGCAGCUGCAGGUGCUGCGCGCAGCUAACAACGGCAGGUUCUCCCUGAACCUUGGCGUUGCUGCUCAGCAGCAGCAGCAGCAGCAGCAGCAGCAGCAGCAGCAACAGCAGCAGCAGCAAGACCAGCAGCAGCAGCAGCCGCAGCAGCAGCAACAGCAGGAGCUGCAAGACCAGCAGCAGCACCAGCCGCAGCAGCUGCAGGAGCAACAGCAGCCGCAGCAGCAGGAGCCGCAGCAGCAGGAGCCGCAGCAGCAGGAGCCGCAGCAGCGGGAGCUGCAGCAGCAGCAACAAGGGGAAGCCCAACACAGGCGCUGCUCGCCAGUAUCUCAGAGCGCGCCAGCAGCAGCAGCAGCAGCAGCACAAACAGCAGCAGCAGCAGCAGCAGAAACAGCAGGAACAGCAGCAGGCCCGGCAAGCGCAGCAGGUGCAGCAGGACCUGCUGCUGGGGACAGCAGCAGCAGCCUUGCUCGUGGCUUCGCGUCUCUAGGAGCAGCAGCAACAGCAGCAGCAGCAGCAACAGCAGCAGCUGCAGCAGGAGCAGCAGCAGCUGAUGGCCACCCACUGUGUGGCUGCGGCGACUCUGCCCCCGCAAGUGUCCGAGGAAGCUCCGAGCAGCUGCUGAGCGACGCAGCAGCAGCAGCAGCAGCAGCAGCAGCAGCAGCAGCAAAAGGGGGGGGCCCCUGCAGGUCUCGGGAGCGGGGGGCCUCAGCAGACAGCGCAUGCCUUUCUCACUGGCAGCAGCAGCAGCAGCAGCAGCAGCGGCUGCCGCAGCAGCAGCGGCAGCAGCUGCUGCUGCACGGGCUGCGCCACGCCACCGCGCUCAGCAGCAACAGCAGCAGCAGCAGCAGCAGCAGCAGCAGCAGCACCAGCAGCAGACGGGCGCGGCUCUUCUUCUCAGAGGGUCUGGGGCGCUACGAAGACAAGGAAAGAAGCCGCUACGGGGGGCCCCCCGGGGGCCCCCGGGGGGGCCCCCCGGGGGGCCCCCAGGGGCCCCGGGGGGGCCCCCUGACCCGCCCCUUGUGGCAAGAAGUACCCUCCGGGGGGGCCCCCAGGGCCCUCAACUUGGCCUCUUUUGCUGCUGAGCGUUGGGUAAAUAGUUUUAAAGGAAAGUGCAUUAUAGUUGUUCGUCGGCUUCCUUUUGAUGUUCGAGUAGCAGCAAACUGCCACGACAAACUCGAGCAGCUGCUGCUGCAGCAGCAGCAGCAGCAGCAGCAGCAGCAGCAGCAGCAGCAGCAGCAGCGGCAGCACGACCCGGCCGCUGUAGCCGCCUCAGUCUCCGCCGCAGACACAAACAGCCAGCCAGGCGUAGACCCACCAGCACCGCCCGCAGCAGCAGCAGCAGCAGCAGCAGCAGCAGCAGCAGCACCUGCUGCAGUGUCUCCUGAGGCCCCGGUGUCUCCCCCCCUUCGUUCCUUCUCAUCUGUGGGGCCCCACACUCUGGAAGACGCCAAUCGUCUGCGUUCCCUCGCAAUGGCUCAAGAGCUGCUGCGGAGAGUCCGCAGCGAAAUGCAGCUGGAGCCCCACAGGGGCAAAGCCAUUCGCAAUUUGCUGCUGGGGGCCCCCCAGGGGGCCCCCGCGGGGGCCCCCCAGGGGGCCCCCCAGGGGGCCCCCACGGGGGCCCCCAUGGGGGCCCCCAUCGGGGGGCCCCCUGGGGAACAGCUGGGGGGGCCCUCCGUGGGAGGGCCCGCGCAUGCAUUUUCAGAAGAAAGUACCCACCAGCACCACCAUCACCAUCACCAUCACCAGCAGCAGCAGCAGCAGCAGCAGCAGCAGCAGCAGCAGCAGCAGCAGACGGAUGAAGCGGGGGACAGGCAGCAAGCAGUGGAGGUAGCUGAUAGCGUUAGCAUCGGCCGCAGCAGCAGCAGCAGCAGCAGCAGCAGCAGCAAGUCGCAGCCGUGUCCGUCUCUGCCGAGUCCGACAGACCCAGGAGCAGCAGCAGCAGCAGCAGCAGAAGCAGCAGCAGAAGGAGGGCACCACCACCACCACCACCACCACCACCACCACCACCAUCACCACCGCCAGCAGCAGCAGCAGCAGCAGCAGCAGCAGCAGCAGCAGCAGCAGCAGCAGCAGCAGGAGCGAGGAGCGGGGUCCGAGGCGCCUGGGAGCCGGCGCAGCAGCGCGAGCAGCCGGAGCCAGAGCCGUCGGAGCAGCAGCAGCAGCCGCAGCAGCCGCAGCAGCAGCAGCAGCAGCAGCAGCAGCAGCAGCAGCAGCAGCAGCAGCAGCAGCGCAGCGGAGGAGGGCCUGGUGACGAUAAGUGCUUCCGACAUUGCGUGGGACAUCAGCAGCACGUUGCGGCCGUUUGUGCGGAGUUUGUUAAUCGCUGAUUUAGGGUUUGAACUCUCUGAAUUAGGGUUUACUGCUUCGGAGCAGCAGCUCAUCAAGCAGCAGCUGCUGCUGCGAGUCAAAGACAGCUACCCCCAUGUUUGUCCCCUUUUGCUUUCCAAAGCAGCACAAAAAGAAUGCUUUGCCGAACAAAUCCUCAACACUCUUUUCCACUGCAGAACGCCCCCUGUCGGUGAGCAGCAGCAGCAGCAGCAGCAGCAGCAGCAGCAGCAGCAGCAGCAGCAGCAGCAGCGGCGGCGGCGGUGGCGGCGGUGUGCUGCUGCAGCAGCAGCUGCUGCAGCAGGCGCUGCUGCAGCAGCUGAAGUGGCGCUCCGGGCGAAGAGCCCGCUCGCCGUCUUGCUGCCGCAGCAGCAGCAGCAGCACAGCAGCAAGCAGCAGCAGCAGCAGCAGCUGCUGCUGCUGCUGCUGCAGCAAAAAUGCUUUCGCCGCGAAUAA